AUGAACGAGAUAGCAAUGUCAAAACUAUCAGAGGGUGAUAUUUCCCAGAAUAACGUCUGGAAAGGAAGUAAGUCUUCAGCAGAGAUGUGGCGGGAGUUUGUUGAUAACACAACACUGCAUGGUAUCCGCUACGUGUUCAUGAAACGUCACAUUCUCGUGCGCUUAAUCUGGCUUGUGUUACUGCUGACCUCUGGAGGAUAUUACAUUUUUACAGUUUACAGAGCGUUCAAUAAAUUCUUCGAUCGUCCAAUUAACACCGUAAUAAGCAGAAAAAUUGUUAAAGAAAUGGACUUCCCUGCGGUGACAAUCUGCUCUCUUAAUCUUUUUGAAAAGAGAAAAGUUUUGAUGACUGAUGACAACCCACUUUUUGCAUCCAGCGGAUUAAACAUCAGCUCAUGCGCUGUGACAGCAAGUGUGCGAGGCAAUCGUCCCUGUGGAUUGUCUCUAAUUUGCUGUUGUGUUUUUACCGAGGAUAUAAACGACGCAUUAGUUAUCCCCAACUGUACGCAGGAGUAUAGACAAGAUCUUUUAAAUGUUAUUCAGAACAGUUCUCAUCGUCCGGACCUUGAGGUCUUGUAUAUGCACUAUAGCCAAAACUUAAGUUCUCUCGCCGGACCACGCUGUAACUUUGGUUGGCAAAACACACCUUGCACAUUGAACGACUUUGUUCCCAUGGUAACGGAUUGGGGAAUGUGCUACACCUUCAAUUCAGGAGUUGAUGGCAAACCAAAUAGAAAAGUGGACGCUGGCGGAGUUUCAUCGGGGUUGGCUUUUAUUCUCGACGCAAAUGUAGGCGAAUAUACUCAAGGAAAGUUCUCAGAGGGAUUCAAGGUGUUGAUUCAUGGGCAGGGCGAGUACGUUGAUCAAUGGGAAGGAAUCAACGUAGGACCAGGACAGCAUGUUGUGAUAGCUCUCUCAGAGAAAAGGGUAAAAUACUGAGUAAUCCAUUGUGAUGAUAUAUUUUUAUUGAACGUGUGUUUUAAGAGUCAGAUAAACUGUAAAUGGCCACAACAUCCUGGACUCUUACCCAUGGGUGAUUAAUUCUCGGGAAUGUCUACAUUCGUGUUCGGGCACUUUUUGUUUUUACUGUAAACAGUCACCCUUUUUUUUUUUUUUUUUUGUUCAAUGAUCUUAUGCCGUUUUAACGUGAAUUAGUAAACUGCAGACCAAAAAAUGCUGGUGACUGCCCGUAUUAGUCCUGAAGAAAAAAUAGAAUGAACGACCCGAAGCUGAUCCUGGUUUCAGUAGCAUGAGUGACAGGAGGGGGUGGGAGGGGACGUUAAUUCAUCACAGGGUCACCAACAACAACAUGUCCCCUGUACAGUGGAACCUCGAUAAAACGAAGGGCCAAGGGACUGGCAAAAUAUGUUCGCUAUACGGAGGUUUCGUUUUAUCAAUAAAAGUUCGUUAUACCGACGACUUCGUUAUAUAGAGGUUUGUUAUAUCGAGGUUCCUCUGUGCCCAUUGAAACACUUGAGCUGAAUAGAGAAGGCAAGAAGAAACGAUUGGCUUGAUCAGGCAAGCAACGUGAUGGGUUCCCAUGUUAAACCUUGAUCAAUUCAUCAAGAAAUUAAAUGCUAUGAAAGUCCAAUUGUUCAUUUUAAUACUUAGCCCUGCUCAACAGUAUUUUCCUUGAAAAACGAUCCAUGUCUUCACUAUUCCCAUUAAAAGAAAAACACAACUUCGCGGACGCAAGAAAAAACAGAUCUCCUCCAAAUCCAUUUUGUAAACCUUAUUAACACAACACAUUUUUUCAGUUUAAGAACUUGGAGAAGCCAUAUCAUACUAACUGCAGCACGAGAACAUUAAAAACGUUCAAAACGUAUACAUCUGAAGGAUGCAUGUUUGAGUGUGGAGCUGAAAACACGAUCAAAAGGUGCGGGUGUAGACCUGCCGGAUACAGAGGUAUAAUGAUAUCAUUAUUUUGCCCUGGAUUCCAAAUAAUUUGCAAAUCAGGUCCUUCGUAGCUGAUGGCUUUGCUUUCCCACUUUCUACGAAAAACCUCUUUUUUAAUCAAAUUUCCAUAGCCCUUUCGGUAAACUGACCCCCAAGUCACACCCAUUAUGUACUGGAUGUAAGAAAAUUCCACGCAUCUCGUUUGGCCCUUUUUUAAAAAACCAGGUGAUCGUCUUUACCUAGCUAAUAAGAUUUUGAACUUGUGAGUUUGGCCAACCAAUAAAACUGCAAUAAAAACUGUCCCCAUUUAGCCCAAACCGACUACUGUUUAGGGACUUUUCCACCAACGCUGGUUUUUGCUUUAGUUUUCUUUUUUUGGUGUUGCUUCAUCUUGUUUGUUUGUUUGUUUCGAAAAAAUGUGGACAGGUCCUCAGUCAUUGUUAUACCUUUCCAAAUAAAUCAAAGCUGCACUAUCACAUGCAUACACAUCUUUAUUUAAUUCUACACAUUUCUAAACUCUUUACUUGAAAAAGCUGUUGUUUAUGUUGUGUAUUGUCCUUAUUAUAAGGUGCUCCCCAAGCUCAUACUUGUGGAUCAACAACAGAACUAAAUUGUGUUCAACAGGUAGAUGGUGAGUAGGCAUUUAUUAGGAGAACAUAUAAAGGCGGGAAAUGUUUCAAGAUAUUGUUAGACUCAAACUGUUUUUUAAGAAGCACAAAAAAGUAAAUGAUUGUGUAAGCUAUUGAAAGUCAUGUUAUUGAACAUUAUUUACAAGCAAUAACAGCGCUUGCCCAAACUGCAUUUACACUUGCAAAAGCAAGAUCCAGAAAAUGAUUAAAAAAGGGAUACGAGAGUUCAUGCUUGAGUUCGACCUCGAAACAGAGUCUUCCGGAGCUCAUGUGUUUUCCUUCUUUCAAAACGUGCAAGUUAAUCUCGUUCGUUAGAUGUAAAAAAUCGUCAAUAAGCCAGUAUUUGCCAGCCUUUCGACUCAUUCAUAGCUGAGUGCACAUAUUCUAAACAAAAUGUACUGGCAUUGAGAAUUGUAUCGUCACAGUAGAAUUGACCAACCUUUAUCUUUGACUAUGUAGCUGCGUUAGACGAGGAGUUCUGCGGAUGCCAAGUUCCUUGCUCCCAGACUAAGUAUACUACCGAGGUGUCGUAUUCGAAGUUUCCAGAUCCUGGCACUGCAGAAUCCCUUAUGACGACUGGUUACUAUCCUAACAUACAGUACCAAAGGUAAUGAACAAAGAUGACAAAUGUUAUCCAUCUGAAAUGUGCGCGCAAGCAGUAUAGGACCGGUUAGAGACAUUUUUAAUUUGCGGGAAAUUAUAUAAACGCAGCUCGCGUCAUAGCCUUUAGUUUUUACCUCAUGAAUUAGACAAUGUUUUUUUUUUUUCAGGGAUAAUCUCGUGUUUCUGCAAGUGGGAUUCAAGUCAUUGAGUUACGAGAUGCAGGAACAGCAACCAGCUUAUGACAGCAAUUCAUUGUUUGGUAAAACCAUCUUCAUUUUCAUCUGUUUUCGAAGUUCAGCAUAAGGAAAAAGCUAACCACUCUUCAUAUUUAUCCUAGCAGUCAAGCUUAAACUAAUGUUAUCUCAUCCUCCACUCAUCUCCAUUUCCAGUUGCACCACCUGUCAAAUAAUAUCCGCAAUAUUUAUCAAAAUUACUAUUUCUUUUUCAGGUGAGAUUGGAGGCAACAUGGGAUUAUUCCUUGGUUGUAGCCUGCUGACUGUUUGUGAAUUUUUCGACUUUUUUAUCGGUUUGUUGGCAGCACGAAGACGCCAAUUAUUUAAUUCAACUCAUCCUGCCUAA